GCCUGUUUGAGGUAAAUGGUAAAUGGUUUGGCCAAAGUGUUGAGUGACUGUCCCUCCUCGUCCUUCCCUUUGCUGUUGGCGGCCAGGAUGAAGAGUGGAGCCAGCAAGGCCUGGGGGAACAACCAGGAUGGCGUGGUGGCCAGCCAGCCUGCCCGCGUGGUGGACGAGCGUGAACAGAUGGCCAUCAGUGGAGGCUUCAUACGCAGGGUAACAGACGAUGCCCGGGAAAAUGAGAUGGAUGAGAACCUUGAGCAGGUGGGUGGCAUCAUCGGUAACCUGCGCCACAUGGCCCUGGACAUGGGCAACGAGAUCGACACCCAGAACCGCCAGAUCGACAGGAUCAUGGAGAAGGCUGAUUCCAACAAGACCAGGAUUGACGAGGCCAACCAGCGCGCCACAAAGAUGCUGGGCAGUGGCUAAACGCCCGAGCGUGAUCGUCCCGGCGCCCCGCGCCACACAUCUACAGGCGCUGACAUGCUUUCAUCAUGGUAUUGACCUUCUAGGUUUGCACACAUGCACAUAUCACCUCCCUUCCCCAUUGUAAAUGUUGUUCUGUGUCGUCUGUCGAGCUUUUUCAAGAUGAUUGUCCUCGUAAAAAGAUGAUUUCUUAUACUCCGUAUAUCAUUCUUUCCAAAGGUUGUAUAUAGUGCUGACUUGAUGGCUCUCUAGCUCACCUGUGAAGU